AUGCGGACAAUAAAGGAUCUAUGGUUUAAUAGGCCCGCAUUCACUAGUAUAUCACCAGAAUCUGAACAAGAUGCCGAAGCCCACUUGAAUGCGGCACUGUAUCUAUCAACCCAGGAUACUCAGAAUACCCUCCUUCAACCCCCCACGUUGCAUCAAAGUUUCCAAAGCAUCGACUCGGCCACCGAGCUCUCGUCUUUGAACGAAAGCCUCAACGAAUCUCAGCGCAUCAUGAAGGAUGGCAGAGAGGUAGUCAUUAGCUCUGAUGGAGAAGACACGGACUCGAUAUGCUCAUUGGAGGACCCAAAGAGUCUUUUCGCUCCACACUCCAAGAAGCACGAGUUCACACCGGCCAAAUUCACCAAGGUAUCAUCGCCAAAGAAAUACAGAAACUGCAUUGACUCUCUCGUUCACGACGCAGUGGAUGAUAACGAGGUCGAAGCCAGCGUCGCUCGGGCGAGAGCCAAUUAUGUGCAGAAGCAACCGGACGGCAAAGAAACCGGAAACAAGCCGUACGGUACCGCUCUGAAUGAAACGAUGUUGAUCUCGGCGCUUGGGCAGAAUGAAGACGGUGUUGGGGGUCAACGUUUAAUAGGUGCUAUUAGAAGAACUGAUGCUCUGGACCACGGCCGUGCCUGGCCAUUUUUUGAUUGCACACAAACAUUGCCGCCGGCCCCCAAUUUCCACAGGAGCUCUUCAAAUAACUCAUUGUUCCAUUUUAUUCGUGCUGACCGAUUUGCAGAAUCCGACACCCGCGAGCGCCAAUUCAUCUCAGGCGAAUUUAUUCAGAUGGCUUUGUCCAAAGGGCUUUUGCCGGACGAACUCGUUUUGUGGAUGUUUCGUUCCAUACCCUAUGAACGUCGAGAGGAAUUGAGCAAUGCUUAUUACCGAAUCAUUAAGAAUAUGGAUGUGGAGCGCCUAAAGUUGCUCAUCCGUCCAGCUGAUAUCAAUGACCUUUUCUCACGAUUGGGUGCUCGGAGCCAGGCUUUGGAUCCUUCAAAGGAGAUUAUCCCAGUUCCUUCCCAAUACAUUACUCCGGACUCUGCUUUGAAAGACCAUGUUACCUUUGUUUCAGUCCUGAGAUUACUUAGGGAAACUGCUGGCUUAUUGGCAGAAGACACUCAAGAGCAGGUGGUGCUCAUGCUGCUACGUCUUACUCUUGAUAUUUCAUUAACAGCAGAUGCUAUGGUAUCUUCAGAGAUUCAGUGGACUAUCAACGCUGUGUUGCAUCCUGAGAAUUUCCAUGAAACCAGUGGUGAAGAUUCGUUGCGACGAGUCUGCGCCACUUUUUACACCACAAUACACGAUGUUUGCAUCCAGAGUCAAAUUGUGCACCAUAUCUUGCCCACCUCUCCAUGGUUUGCACUGAUACGAUGUCGCCUGGCCGUUGCGUUUCUGCUACAGAGUCCUAGUCCUCUCACCGAACCCCCUGAAAAGUUGCUUGAUAUCAAACGCAUCACACUGCUACUGCUCCGUGACGAGCGUUUCCAAGUCAAACGAUUCAAGGGUAUAGCCGACUAUGACUGGAGGGAAUUAACUUCGCUCACUUGUCUUCUCAAUGUCGCGAUUGAUUCGUCUGCGUUGGUGUUAAAUUUCAACAGUACUCAAGCCGAGAAAGACUACGACGUUGCCAUUGACAGACUGGCAGCUCAAAUCAAGAUGAUCUUCUGUUCUAUUCAGGAUUCCGGUGCCUCACAUGUGACACGGACGGUGGCAAAAAGUGAACUCGAGGCCUUGCAUUACCGGAUUGUCUAUUCAGUUCGGUCCAAGCCACCACCAAAAACCACCAUUUUCGAGUCACAUGUCAAGGAGAGAGAUGGUAACAUUCGGAGCCAUUUCAGCAACUUCGCUGCGCUUGCUGCUGGAAAGCAAAAUCCCGAGACCAGGCAAGAAAAGAAUCCGUCUGCGGCGCCAGGCGACGCGGAUGGUGACACAGAUAUUCCCAUCCGCGUCCAUGAUCAGGUAUCCUGA